UCCACACGACCGGAUCGUCGCGCCACCCUGAUCCCUUAUUUUUUCGAAUUUUUAUUCGGCCUCUGUUAAAAAAAAUAUUUACUCCACCCUUUCCCUUCACUCGCCAUUCAUUUCCCCGAGAGUUGUCCGAUUUAUUUUUCACAUUAUUAUCACCGCAGUCUGGGGCUGGAUAAUGCGCGGGCCCCGGGGGCAAUUCCGCGAAUGGACUGUCAGACACGAUUUUAACCGCGAGAUCCGCCACGUCGAUGUCAUCGAAAAAAUCACCGCUGUCACGCGACUUUGACAUGAUUAGUCACGUUAUCGAUUUUAUUAUUGUUGAUUUGCAAUGUUAUUGUCGUUCGGGUUGUUAAUUAACGGGGCCUUCAUAGAGUUUCAAUGAUAUAUUAUAAAUUUAGUACAAAGUUUAACGCGCAAUGCAGUGCAUCAACCUCUCUGUGCCUGCGAUAAUUACGGAUUGCAUUUUAGAUUUUAAUUUCGCGUAUUUUUAAGUUUAUCGCGGGACGUUUGAAUUUUUUGGGGAGUCCUGGCAAUAUUUUUACUCUUCAUUAUCCCGGGGUUUGCGGCUCUGUGAUGAAGAUAAAAAUUCAAUGGUUUUGCCUCUUGAAGAAUUUUUUUCAUUACCUUUAAUGAAAAUACUGUUAUUUUUACUGCGUUGAUAAAAGAUGCCUGAGUGAUACGCAAAAACGUAAGGGUAGGAAUAAAUAGAGUUAUGCCGGACAAUGCAAAGGGUAAUUGUGAUGGACAUCGGGAGAAGGAGUUUUUUGUCGAUGAGAUAUCAUCGAUUGGUAUGUCACUGCGACCAAGUGGAAGUGCAUCUUCCGGCAUCUCGAGUCUUGCGAGUUGCGGUGAAGUUAAUGCACUACCGGAAUUACCACCACAGGAUGAGGAGCGUCUCCAGCGUGCUGCACGAAUGCUGCAGCAACGACUGGUCCUUAGACAGUGGCUGAGUGAUCAUGGAUUAAGUUCUCAUUAUCAGAAGCUCAUGCAGAUGGAGGUGUUAUCACUGGAGGAUGUGUACUGGGUGGAGGACAAUGAGGCGCGUGCAGCUCUCGGGAAGGAUCUUCCUAAAUGGAUACAGGCCCGACAGUCGCUUCCUACAUCGAAGGACGAUCUUGAGGGACUUAAAGCUGAUCUGUGGAGUUCUGUUGUUAAAAAUAGUCAACACCAAGAUGCCUGGACAUGGGGUGGAAUGCUAGUUGUUUCAGUCUCGGUUGCUGGACUUGUCACUUUGGCAGCUAUGACACAACCAGCUCUUGCCCCAGAAGCGAAACACUCGUUGCUGCAGUAUGUCACUGGCAAGUAUCUUCUGCCAAGCAACUGCCGUGUACACUUUGAGUGGGACGAGCCUCAGCUUGUGGGAGAGACUAUGACAUUCACCGUUAAAUUUUACCAGCGAAAUGGUCAGCCCUAUCCAAUCUGUGACAAAGACAAUCUAUUAGUUGAUGUAUCAGAGGGUACACGAAGAGUAGCAACAGUAAUAGAUCUAGGUGGUACUGAUCCAUUAGCAGCUAAUACAGCAGUCGUUAAAUUUACUGUUCGUCAUGCUGGACAAUAUCGCAUAGCAGUGCUCAUUGGGUCCUGUCAUGUGCAUGGCAGCCCUUUUCUCAAGAGUUUUCUCCCUGGCCCACCGGAUCCCAAUAAAACUGUUUUUGUAAGACAAAGCUCCACGGUUGUAUGCACUGCUGGAAUUGCCCACUCCAUGACAAUAGAACCGAGGGAUGAGUAUGACAAUUUGUGUAUUUUUGGGACUGACGAUCAGCCAACCGAUGGGUACAACGUUAAUAUUACUCAAAUUGGAUGCUCGGAUAAAGGUCAAUCAGGAGCAUGCAAUAUUCAUCUUGAAUACGACGAACCGAAUCAACGAAUAAGAUUAAAAGUUGGAUUCCCUAAAGGGGGCUGUUACCAUGCAACUGUCAGUCUAGCUGGCCUCCAGCUGCACAAUGGAGACUUUGACAUUAUUGUACUCGAGAGUUCUGUUGCACGAAUGGUACAUAAUAACGUGGCAUCAAAGGACCCAGACAUAUGCUACGCUGCCAAGCUGCUGGGUAUGCAGGGGGAGAGAUUCUCCAAGCCUAAAAAAGUAUUCUGCUUCAUAUCCCCGAAGCAAUUGACUAUUAAAGAGUAUCUCCUGAGAUUCAUUCCAAAACGCCUCGUCACCUUCAGAUUAUGUCCUUCGACAAAGGUAACAUUGUCAAGGUUUCAUUUUGACAGUACGAAUAAUGAAUACGAAGGGUAUGAUUCAUUUUCCAUCGAUGAUGGCUGUCAGCCACCGGUCGAAUUAAUUUCCCAUUAUCGUGACGUUAUCGCAGCAACUUUUACCCUAUUUUUACUGAAGAAUAUUGGAGGGAGCGAGACUUUCGCUGAUAAACAGAAUUUCUUUUACCACGAAGUGAGGAAACACCAUCAGAAGCAUUACCACGAGAAGCUUGCGAUGAAAGUGCAACGUGAUAAACUCCUGGAGUCGUCUAUGAAGGCGACUAAGGGAUUUUCUGUUAGCGAGUGGUGCAGAAAUUUUGAAAUAACGUUUCAAGGAGAGCAGGGUGUGGACUGGGGUGGAGUGAGACGCGAAUGGUUCGAAUUAAUUUGCGCAUCGCUGUUUGAUCCAGGUAAUGGGCUAUUUGCAUCAUUCGGUGAAUCACAACAGGCACUCGUUCAUCCGAACAACAAGAGGCCACCCCAAUUGAAAAUUAAACAUUAUGAAUUCGCUGGUCGAAUUGUUGGCAAAUGUCUGUAUGAAUCAGCACUCGGUGGAUCCUAUCGACAAUUAGUGAGAGCAAGAUUUACCCGUUCAUUUUUAGCCCAAAUUAUUGGUCUUAGGGUACACUAUAAGUAUUUCGAGCAGGAUGAUCCUGAUUUGUAUCUGAGUAAAGUGAAGUAUAUACUUGAGAAUGAUGUGGAGGAGAUGGAACUUUUCUUCGUUGAGGAGGAGUACGAUAAAGAUGGUCAAUUACUUAAUAAUGCAGAGUUAAUUCCUGGUGGGAGUAAAAUACGUGUUACUAAAGACACUAAGCUACGGUAUCUGGAUGCACUUGCUCAACAUCGACUUGCUAGUUCUAUCAGGAAUGAGGUCGAUGCAUUUUUACGGGGAUUGAAUGAACUUAUUCCGGAUAAUUUGCUGGGAAUAUUCGAUGAAAAUGAACUUGAGCUUCUGCUCUGUGGCACUGGUGAGUACAGUGUUUCAGAUCUUCGAGCCCAUCACAUUGUCAAUGGUAGCUCACCCGAAUUUCUUCGUGUACUCGAUUGGUUUUGGACAGCAGUGAGUAAUUUCACACAAGAGGAAAUGGCACGAUUGCUCCAAUUUACAACUGGCUGCUCUCAACUACCACCUGGUGGUUUUCAGCAAUUGAGUCCGCGCUUUCAAAUCACAGCAGCUCCAACUUUUGCCAAUUUACCAACAGCCCACACCUGUUUCAAUCAAUUAUGCCUGCCAGACUACGAGUGCUACGAUCACUUUGAAAAAUCACUGUUGCUUGCUAUCAGUGAGGGCACCGAAGGCUUCGGCAUGAUUUAAGAGAUUUAAUGAAUCUAGUCUAAUUAUAAUUAAAUGAGGUACUUAAUUUAUUCGGAAAAAUACUAGUCGCAGGCAAAAUGUUUCAAGGCUUUGGUGCCUUUAUACCACCUACACUAUUUUCUCUUCAAUCCAUCGGUGCAUUACCGGAACAGAAAAGUUUGCAAUUGUCAGAGUACUUUUACAAAUUCUUCUUCGAAAACUAAAAAUUCGUCGACUCGCGAUAAAAGAAAAAUCGUAAAGUGGAUGAUACUGAAAUCUUGUACUUUUUCCCAGAGAACAAAUAAAA